AUGGAUCUCUCACGCAUACUUACCGCCAACAUCGACGGCCGAACCCAGAACACGCGAUACCGCCAAGCACAGUUCCAACGCCUCCAGUCUACCCUAGUUGAGCAUCUCGCUGAAAUCCAAGAUGCGAUCCGCGCCGACUCCGGUCAUACACAGCAGGAAAUUCGGGCGGAGGUUGUACUGGCCCUGCAGGAGCUUCGCACGCACUAUACGUCGUUGAGCCUCGCGAAAGAUCUAGAGGUCGAAUAUCGCAUCGCGCAAGGAAGGGACAACGUGGAUGGCUGGCGCAGUGCUGGUAUCGUCUAUAUCGUGCCAUGUGUCCAUACUUUGUUUUUCUCCGUCAUAUCUGCUUUGACCGCAGCCCUUGCGGCAGGAAACUGUAUCGUUCUUGAGCUUCCCCAAACUAUGUUGGCUUUGCCUGCUCUUCUACGUCAAAUUCUACCAGAUGCGCUGGAUCAUGAUACUUUUGCCAUUACAACCCAACGGCCCGAUAGCUCGUUCCUAAGCAAAGCACUGAUGGUUAUCCAGACCGAUUCUGAUGCACCCAGUGGUAUCCUUUCGCCCGCGACAGCAAGGACUGUCGCGGUUGUCGAUCGUACAGGUAAAGUCGCUGAAGCCGCGCAGGCACUUGUCGCGGCACGCUUUGCGUUGGGCGGUCGAUCCCCGUACGCGCCCGAUGUCGUACUGGUAAAUGAGUUUGUGAUGAAGCCUUUCGUGGAGUCAGUGAUUCAGCAUGCAUCCAAGUAUCUUGCUGGUGAGAAUGGUGAGGCUCGGCAAGGAUCGGGCUCGUCUCGACGAUCGGGAUUGCUUGAUUCGAUCACCAAGGACCGAAGUGCACGAGUGCUCGUUUCUGGAAGCAACUGGGGAAUUGUCGAGGUCCAAGAUCGGAACUCCUCUUUGCUUCUGAAGAAGAUCGAUGAGAAGGUCUUGCUAGUGCAUCCCGUCACUAGCUUGGACGAUGCCAUUGAUGUCAACUUCAAUCAAACCUUGGCUGCCACUUAUGCCUUUGCGGCGCCAGCCUCGGCCAAAUACUUGACUCAAUUUAUCGAUGCCGACAUCUCGUGGGUCAACCACGUCCCGGCCCACAUGCUAGUUGGACCGGCGAUUCCCCGAAACACACCGUACAAUGCGCAAACUCGCUAUUCGACCGCUCAAUUCCAGCGACCGCGCCCCCAGCUGAUCUCGGCUGCGACCCCAGCACAGGCGGCGCAGACUAUUCUCGACGGUGCUAAUAUGGUCAAAUCUGACUUACUCUGGCGGCAAGCUAUUUCUCCAUUACCCUCUACGAAUCAGCGGCCGGGAUUCAAGAUUGGGUACUUUGAACAAGGCAUCAUCUCCGGUGGGUUGAUCACGCUGGCAUCGGUGGUGGCAACAGUGUCUACGCUGGGAUAUUAUACAUGGGUUUUUGUCCGGGCGCGAUCAUAG